AUGAGGGCUUGUUGCAGAGUCUGGCCCUCGCUGGCAUUCCUGCAGUUUGCUCUCCACAGGGAGGAUGGAGCAAGCGGUCAGAAGGGCCCUGCGGAGGUCCUUUCCUUCACUAAGCUGGCGCAGGACUCUCAUUCCCUCGCACGCCGCACGUCCUGGGCUCGUUUUGCAGUGCAUGCAGGAGCCCCUUGGGAACGCAGUCUGUGCAGGCAGCCUCUGCCUUUCUUCAGUGCCCAAGAAGUACUUAGUUCCACUCCCUACCAGCUGCGUGAGUUUCUUAACCUCUGUCUGUCCUCCACGUUAGUGAUGGAGGCCUUACAUCACCGGUGUUCUCAGAGAAGGCUGAGACAGUUUGAGUGGCCAGGUCUUUUUGGCAGCAGGCUCUCUGCCUCUCUGCUCCUAGGAUGGAGCUAUGUACAGUAA